UAAUCAAGUUUUAAAUUUUUAAAUUUUUUAAAUUUUUUUAAUUAAGGAAUGGCCCUGGAUUUCCAACACCGACACGUAGAAGAAGAGGAGACCUAUGCUUAUGCAGGUCAAAUUCUUAAUUCUUGUGUCCUUCCCAUGGUCUUGAACGCCACCAUUGAGUUAGGGGUGCUUCAAAUCAUCCAUAAUGACCCGAACUCUAACGGGCUAUUGCCCACCGAGUUGGCAGCCCGUAUCCAAGCUAGGAACCCGGAAGCUCCAAUCAUGUUAGACCGGAUGUUACGGGUCCUAGCCACUUAUUCUGUAGUUAGCUGUAUUACUAAGCCCACUUCCGAUGGUGGAGUCCAGAGGCGGUAUGGCCCAGCGCCCGUUACUAAGUGUUUUGUUCCUGAUCAGGAUGGGGUGUCUUUGGCCCCUAUGUUGAACUUGGUUGUUGAUAAAGUCUUCCUUCUCAGCUGGAGUAAGUUGAAGGAGGCGGUGCUAGAAGGAGGGAUCCCGUUCAACAAGGUACAUGAAAUGCAUGCAUUCGAGUAUCCAAGUGUGGAUCCAAGGUUCAACGAGAUUUUCAACAAAGCAAUGUAUGAUCAAUCAACAUAUACAAUCAAGAAGAUACUUCAAAAGUACAAGGGUUUUGAGAAGAUCCAACAACUUGUUGAUGUUGGUGGAGGUCUUGGCCAUACUAUUAAUGCCAUUACAUCUCAAUAUCCUUCCAUUAAGGGAAUCAACUUUGAUUUGCCUCAUGUUAUUCAACACGCCCCUCCGAUUCCUGGUGUGGAGCAUGUUGGUGGAGAUAUGUUUGAAAGUGUUCCUGAGGGAGAUGCCAUCUUCAUGAAGUGGAUUCUCCAUGAUUGGAGUGAUGACCGUUGCCUAAUGUUGUUGAAGAACUGCUACAAGGCCUUGCCAGACAACGGUAAGGUGAUCGUUGUGGAGACAAACAUCACGGACGAGCCAGAGACUACGGCCCUUGCAAAAGCCAUCAGCCAGUUGGAUGUAAGCAUGAUGACACAGAACCCAGGUGGAAAAGAAAGGACUAGCAAAGAGUUUGAAGCCCUGGCUAAGGCAACUGGAUUUUCUGGUGUUAAGUUUGAUUGUUAUGUCUCCAACUUUUGGGUUAUGGAAUUUUACAAAUAAUUAUUUGAAGGACCUACUUAAAUUGAGGGAAUGUAUGUGUUAGCAUUUUUUAUUAUUGGUUUAACGAAUAAACAAAACCAUGUAUUUUUUUUUAAAGCAAGAAAGACCUUAUAUACUGAACCAUCAUGACCAGCACUUGUCUCAAAUUAUCCAGUCAAACUAUACAUGACUACAUUUGAAUCUCUCAACCAUUCUGCUGACCUAAUGCAUGAGCUCCCUCACAAACCCACCAACUUGUGGUGGUACUUCUUCGUAAAUGUAAUAUGGAUUAUUUUAUUACUAAUAUCAUAAAAAGUAAUUUACUUAUAUUCA